GUCGACCAUGGUGCUGCGGUCGUUGGACGUAUCGCUCGUAUCUUGACCGCGUUCGCGAUCAUGUCUGCGAUUCCCCUGCUGUCUCUGAGCACAUCGUCUCCAGCACAAUUCCUGGAAGUGUUGAGCUCGACGGGAUUUCUGCAUCUUUCCCUUGCGGACACUCCGGUCAAGCCUUCGGACGUCGCAGGCGCUUUCGCCAUAUCAUCGUAUCUGUACGAUGCUCUUCCUCUGUCCGAGCGCCUUAAGUACCCCCGCGACAAAGAUCCGGACUUCAACGGCUUAGCCCCCUUGGGCACGACGGCGCUCAACGCUGAAGGUGGCCAGAAGCGGGCAGACUGGAAGGAGGUGUUCGGAUACGGUCGCUACUCCCCUCCCAAGACGCGCUCUGAUCAAGAGCUGCCCGAGGGCGUGGACAGGGAGGCACUGGAGGGAUUCCACGCCAAGUGCUACGAGCUCAUGCUGAUGCUGCUCGACAAGCUCUCCCUUGCAUUCGACCUUCCUCCCGGCUUCUUCCGCGAACGCCAUGCGCAGCGGGGACAGAGCGGGCUUACGCUGCUCAACUACCCCAUCCCGCCAUCUGACGCCGGCUUGGAGGACGACGAUAUACGGGCCGGGGCGCACAAGGACUGGGGAUCGGUCACGCUGCUCUUCCAGGAGCCCGAUGGCCAGCCGGGGCUCGAGAUAUUCCUCCCGGAGUCGCGCCCGAACUCGAACUCGGUCGAAGAGGGGAAGGUGAAGCUCAUGUCGGAGGUCGACCUGGACGCGGGGACGUGGCACGCGGCUCCUAUCGUUCCAGACACGGUCCUCGUCAAUCUCGGGCUCAUGAUGGAAGCGUGGACGGGCGGGACAUGCGUCGCGACGCUCCACCGCGUCGUGUUCCCGCCUGCCCCUACGCAAAAGAAACCGCGCCGGUCGAUUGCGUACUUCGGAACCCCUGAUCCUGAGGUGUCCCUGACUCCCGUCCAGCGCCGAUCGGCGGAGGGAGAGGCCGCCGCCACCGCCCCUACGGUGAAGCAGUUUUUCGAGGAACGAUUGAAGUUGGCGACGACCAGAUCGCAGUAUUGAGAUUUCGAUGGCGCUGGAGGCGUUGUCGGAAGGUUUUGUGGGCUGUAUUCGUUCCGGCUUCUGACAUCACGAUCAAAUACGUCGCCGUGUGAUGAGUACGAACAAACUAUCAAGAUCUUUCGCCGAUUUUGUCGAAUUGCAUGAAGGAUGCCGGUUUUUCUUCGAUGCUACUCACGGAUCCGGACGAUCCACUGGGGCAUGUGCUAUAUGUCGAGGAAACGCUGAGAUACACUACGUGUCACGUUCCAUGCAGUACCAUGUUGCUAUGAUCGGUACUUGCUCGGUAUGUUUCAAAUCAGAUAAUGCGUUGCGAA